CAACAGCAAAACAAAACAAAAACUUCACGGCGGCGGCGCGUCCCCUCGCCGAUCAUGGCCCAGGACAAUAACAUAAGUCACAGUGUUGCCAAUACAUUCAACUUAGAUGUAAACAACGGAAAAUGCUGCUGCGCCAUUAAUUUCCCGGGCACAUUUAAAACUCAGUGUAUUAGGUUAUGUAUGGAUAAUAUUUUUUUCUUGCAGCAUAUCACAAAUUACAAUUGGAUUAUCACAGUUUAAAAUAUGCAUUAUAUAAUUAAAACUGAAUAGCGUUUUAACAUAAAAUGAUAUAUUAUAUUAUUAUUAUAUUACUAUAUUUUAAAUCGUAGACCGUGGAAUUGCCUAAAUACGUUAAAGGCUAACUGAGUACAAAGUUGUUAAAUUACAUUAAUUAUAGUGAUUGAUUGUUUUUUUUAUUUUAGUGAUUUGUGAAGUGCAAUACUCCAAACUACUAAUAAUCAACGGUCCAUAACUUGAACUGUUUAUACUUUUGUUUAUUUGUGGUGCCUAUAUACUUUGAACACAAAAUAGAAUAAAUCUAUUAUGUGCUUCUAAUUGCAUUACUUAUUAUAAUCCUUAUAAAAUGAUUCGAUUAAAUGUCCCUCUAGUACCUGAUGAAAACAUUCUAAACAAUUUAUUUGAUAAAAAUAUUUAUACAGUGAACGACUUUCUCCAAAAGAAAACUUCUAAUUUGCAAAGUGUGUGCAACUUACAAUGCAAGGAAAUAACAAAACUAAAAGAUAGUAUGACAGUAAAGUGUUCAUCUCCAUUCACAAAUGUAUACGAGCUUUACUUAAAUAGAACUGUAUCAUCUUUUGUUCGAACUAAAAUCACAAAAUUGGAUAACAUACUUCAAGGAGGGUUAUUUGCUGGUAACCUCUAUGAACUAUGCGGCCCAUCCGCUUGUGGAAAAACUCAAUUAUGUCUUAGCAUCCUAAUUAAUUUAAUAAUAACUACAAAAAAGAAUAUAGUAUAUAUAGAUACUAAAAACAAAUUUUCUGUGAACAGAAUCAAACUUAUGUUGAAAAACAGAUGCAAGACAAAUAAUGAAAUCAGUGAUAUAUUGAACAAAAUUCAAGUGUACUCGGUUUUAAACAUAUACAAUUUAAUAACUUGUUUACAUGGUCUCAAAGAAAAAUUGGAACCUAUUAUAAUCAUAGACUCUCUGCCAGUGCUUUACCUAUCAUUUAUAGGAUUUGAUAAGAAUGAAGGUCUAUGCUAUAUAAAUCAUAUAUGUUCAAUUUUAAAAUACUUAUGCAAUAAAAAUGCAACUAUUAUGGUAACAAACUUGGCUGUAAAAAAUUGUGAUUUAAGUAAUAAUUUCAAGCCUGCUAUUGGAAAAUAUUGGUUUCAUAUACCAAACACAAGAUUAAUGAUCACAACAAUAAUAAAUCAACAACAACAACAACAGAUGUGUAUAAAUAUUACAAAAAGUGUUUAUAUACCUUUAAAUGAAAAAUGUAUAUUAAACAUUGAUAAUUUUGGUGUUUCAUAA